AUGCAGUACAAUAAUGGCACCAGGAUAAACCACUUCUUCAUCACUGGAUUCCCUGGACUCUCUGCUCAGUACUAUGCACCUGUAUCACUGCUGCUUUUUAUCACCUUCUUGGCUAUAGCUUUUGGCAACAUUUUAAUUCUAGUACUUGUAAAAUGUGAACGUUCUCUUCAUAAACCAACUUACUUAAUAUUCUGUCAUCUUGCAUCGACUGAUUUAGCAUUUGGAAUUGUGAUACUCCCCAAAAUUAUUUCCAAAUACUGGUUUGACGAUAGCUUGAUAGAAUUUAACAGCUGUUUUGUCCAAAUGUUUUUUGUGCAUUUUUUAGCAUCAGUUCACUCAUUUAUUCUAAUGAUCAUGGCAUUAGAUCGAUUUUUAGCUAUUUCCUUUCCUCUGCACUACCCUAGUGCUUUUACAAACACUACUGCAUCUGUUUUAUGUGGAGUGUCUUGGUUUCUUGCAUUGUCUUGCAUGAUUUUUAUAGUCAUUGAUGCUCUUACGUUGCCGUAUUGCAACUCAAAUGUUAUUGUCCAGUGUUACUGUGACCACUACACAAUCACUACAUUGAGCUGUGACCCAAGGCCGGAUGUACAAGCCUUUGCUACUGGUAGCGCCAUGUUUGUCUUGUUAGUGCCACUGACUUUCAUUAUCGCUUCCUAUUUUUCUAUCAUUGUGGUUGUAGUGAGGAUUUCAAGCCAUGAGAGCCGCAUGAAGACUUUUUCAACAUGCACUCCACAGCUGCUCAUCACAUUACUGUAUUACACACCCAGGUGUUUUGUGUACCUGGCAGCUUAUGUAGGCUUUGGGUUAAGCCUUCCAAAUCGUAUUGUUGUGGUCAUGCUCUAUAGUGUGAUUCCUGCAGAAGUAAAUCCGUUGAUAUACUGCUUUAAAACAAAAGAUAUCAAAGAAUGCUUGAGUAAAAGAUAUAAGAUGGCAAAAGUUUAUGUGGGUAUAACUGAACAAUAA